UACAUACAGAAAAUAGCGUGCAUUGGAGUCGAUCCUUUUCUAAUUUCAUGCAAAAAAUACGAUGCCGAAUGUCUUCCUCCCACCGAGUCGAUUGACCUCGUUUCGCAUCUUGUUCUAGAAACCAGUCACUACACUAAGGAGCAAUUUAAGGCCUUUAAAAGCCUUCAAUCAUACAACCAGUUAGUCUCUGGAUUUGUACAAAGUGUCCACGGACUUAUCAUUGCCGGUAAGCAUGUUGUUUUGGGAAAGGUUCGCCACUCUCAAAAGAUGAACGACCCAACUGUUCCUCUGUGGAUCAUCACCGAAAAUGACGGAAGGAUUUUAUGUGCACAUUGCCGCGGAUGUAUGGCUGGGCAAGGGGAAACCUGCUCCCACAUUGCUAGCGUCCUAUUUUACAUUGAGACUUUUAACAGAGUACGAGGAAAGCUUGCUUGCACUGAUAAACAAUGUGUGUGGAUACUGCCAACCUACAACAAAGACAUACCAUUUGCUGAAUUUCAAGACAUCGACUUCAGGUCU